AUGGAUAAUUCUUUAAGCUGCAUAUCGCGACCUAUAUCAGGGUUCAAAUUGGCAUCGCACCCGCGCUCAGCGAAGCAACGCGAACAAAAUGGUCGUGCCCAGUCUCCAGUUUCUUCGAGCAUUCUGGCCGCAACAUCUACAGAGGACCUAGAGACUCGUAGAUCUGUCGGCGAGCUCGAUCUCUCAUCCGAUGCCAUCGGCUUGAGCGAAGCGCAGGACGACAGGUCUCAUUCGACCUCCAAUCACAGUGAGAAGAGGCUGAUCUUCCUUUGUGCGGGUAUCUGUUCUUUAUUUCCCCCAGUAUCUGGCUCCAUCUCCCUGUCCGCACUCGACACCAUCGCUUGUGGUUUGCAUGUCUCUUACACGCUGGUCACCUUGACUGUCACCACUUACAUGAUCAUGCAAGGUCUUGCUCCCGCGUUUGUCGGCGAAUCUUCCAAUGAGGCGGUUCGAAGACCCUCGUAUGUCAUCUGUUUUAACAGCUACCCCGCCUUGAUGGUCCUCCGCUGUAUUCAGAGUGCUGGGAGUAGCGGGACGGUAGCCCCUGUGAACGCAGUUGUGGCCGACCUGGUGACUUCUGGACUCCUUGCACAGUAUCUAGGCUGGCAUGCUAUCUUCUGGUUCUUGUUGAUAGUCGCUGGCGUGAUUUUCGUCCCCUUGCUCUGCUUCCUCCUCGAGGCUUGCAGGAAGGUAGUCGGCAACGGAUCUGUGCCGACAUCAGUUUGGUAUUGCUGCUACACCAACAGACUACUGGAACGUCGAUUGGUCAGCGCAGGAGAAGCGGUGUCUGAAGAGAAACGCGAGACACUGGCCAAAAUUCGCAAGAUGCGCUUCCUGAAACCCCUCAAGACUGUCAGGAUCAUCUUCAUGAAGGAAGCAGGCUUCGCUCUUUGGUACAUUACCAUUGUGUGUUGCGGCCUAUACGCAACGACCGUCUUGAUUCCCGACCAGUUCGGCUCAGUGUACGACUUCAACGAACUGCAAAUCUCUCUGUGUUAUCUGCCCCUCAGUGUGGGAAGUAUGCUUGCCGCAGUUGUCCGUGGCCGUAUCAUCGACUCCAGAUAUCAGCAUUACGCCAAAAAGCUGGGCAUAUCGCUAGAGUUCUAUCGCCAUGUCGAUCUGAGUAAUUUUCCUAUCGAGAGAGCUCGCCUAGAGGUGGCACUCCCGACACUUGCACUUGGGUCACUAUGCAUCGUUGGCUUUGGCUGGAUGAUAGAGUACAAGGUGAACUUGGCCGGACCUUUAAUCUGCCUCUUCGUUAUCGGCUUUUGCAUCAGCGCUUCGUUGAACACGGUUGCGGUGCUCCUUGUCGAUGUGUCUCCGGGCAGAGCUGGAGCGGCCACGGCGGCCCACAACAUGUGCCGUUGCUGGUUGGGAGCAGCGGUCACUUUUACUGUUUCUCCCAUGGUUGGGAAAGUGGGUGUAGGCUGGACGACAACAUUCUUUGCUGGUUUGACCAUCUUGGUCAGCCCUAUACUGUGGUACAUUAUGAUCAAUAGACCCAGAUGGCGCCGGGCAACGCAGGAAAAGAAGCAACGGGAGCAGACCGAAAUGGCGCGAAGAGCGGACAUGGCGGGCGAGAACGGAAAUGCUUCUUAA